AAGUUCCGGCUGGAAGCGCUCCUGACUCCUCUCUAGCUCUUUUAUCGCACAGCCUUCUCCUAGUCUUGCUCGAGUUUUGCUUCCUCACCUUUAAAGGCUCUAAACAUUCCUUAAAUUCUCCUUGGUCACUUUUUUUUUUUUUUUAAUUAUUAUUAAAGCACCUUUAUGCUACGGGUCGCCAUUCGGGUCAAAGGCAAAGGCGGCGGGACCUGAAACUUCAUGCGGGGGCCAGCGCUAGGCGUUACCAUAGAGAGGAAGCCACCUCUCUGGGCUGAGAUUACAGUCUCUAUGGUUCAGCCUGGCCGGUGGCGGUAAGAGGACACAGGGAGACCUCUCUGCGCAGGCGCAUUUUGGUUUUUCAUUUUUUUUUUUUUUUUUUUUUUUUUUUUUUUUUUUAAUCCCCGCACCAAGCGCUUAACCUCAUUGGGGUGGAGGAGAAGGCGGUGGCUGUCCGGUCCGCAGCCGCAACAGUAGUGAAUAAUAGAACUAAUGGACUGCUGAAUUAUGAAGUAUUUCAGACCCAGUUGUAGAUCAUCACUCCGCCACGCUCUCCUUUAUUGCCUACUAGUUAUUUAAAUUGGACUUUUAAUAUCCUACCAGCUGCUCUUCAGACACACAUGGUGCAUUGCUGCCAUUCCCGGGAUUGCAUCUUUGAGACACACACUCUUAGGAGCCUUCAGCAAACAAAGAGGCCACCUCCCGGUACGGCUACCGGGAGGGAGUCAUCCUGACCGCCCUCUAGCCUUGGCCAGAUCUGGAUUUGAAUCCUACCAUGGAACCGCGAAUGGAGUCCUGUCUGGCCCAGGUGCUGCAGAAGGAUGUGGGAAAGCGGCUGCAGGUUGGCCAGGAACUCAUAGACUAUUUCUCAGACAAACAGAAGUCUGCUGACCUUGAGCAUGACCAGACCAUGUUAGAUAAGCUUGUGGAUGGACUCGCUACCUCUUGGGUGAACUCUAGCAAUUACAAGGUGGUUCUCUUGGGCAUGGACAUCCUGUCGGCACUGGUGACUAGGCUGCAGGACCGGUUCAAGGCGCAAAUCGGCACAGUGUUGCCAAGUCUAAUAGACAGACUGGGAGAUGCUAAAGACUCCGUGAGGGAGCAAGACCAAACCCUGCUGCUAAAGAUCAUGGAUCAAGCUGCUAAUCCCCAGUAUGUGUGGGACAGAAUGCUCGGAGGCUUCAAACACAAGAACUUCCGCACAAGAGAGGGCAUCUGCCUCUGCCUUAUUGCAACACUCAAUGCCUCUGGGGCCCAGACUCUAACACUAAGCAAGAUUGUGCCACAUAUAUGUAACCUACUGGGAGAUCCCAACAGCCAGGUUCGAGACGCAGCAAUAAACAGUCUGGUGGAGAUUUAUAGACAUGUAGGUGAACGUGUGAGGGCAGACCUCAGUAAGAAAGGACUGCCACAGUCCCGGUUGAAUGUCAUUUUUACAAAGUUUGAUGAAGUCCAAAAGUCUGGAAAUAUGAUACAGUCUGCAAAUGAAAAAAAUUUUGACGAUGAAGAUUCUGUGGAUGGCAACAGGCCUUCUUCUGCCAGCUCCUCAUCAUCCAAGGCUCCAUCAAGUUCCCGGAGGAAUGUUACCCUGGGGACCACCCGUAGGCUCAUGUCAUCCAGUCUUGGAUCUAAGUCUUCAGCUGCAAAAGAAGGAGCUGGUGCUGUGGAUGAAGAGGAUUUUAUUAAAGCCUUUGAUGAUGUACCUGUAGUGCAGAUUUACUCCAGCCGAGACCUCGAGGAAUCCAUAAACAAAAUCAGAGAAAUCCUGUCAGAUGACAAGCAUGACUGGGAGCAGAGAGUAAAUGCUCUAAAAAAGAUUAGAUCGUUACUCUUGGCUGGGGCUGCUGAGUACGAUAACUUCUUUCAACACUUGCGUCUUCUGGACGGGGCCUUUAAACUCUCUGCUAAGGACCUGCGGUCUCAGGUAGUGCGGGAAGCUUGUAUCACGUUGGGGCACCUGUCAUCAGUUCUGGGAAAUAAGUUUGAUCAUGGAGCCGAAGCCAUUAUGCCAACUAUCUUUAAUUUAAUCCCGAACAGUGCCAAAAUUAUGGCUACUUCUGGUGUUGUAGCUGUUAGGCUAAUCAUUCGGCACACCCACAUCCCUCGGCUGAUCCCUGUCAUAACCAGCAACUGUACCUCUAAGUCUGUCGCCGUCAGAAGGCGCUGUUUUGAAUUUUUAGAUUUGCUUUUACAAGAAUGGCAGACACAUUCACUAGAAAGACAUAUAUCAGUAUUAGCUGAAACAAUAAAGAAAGGAAUACACGAUGCUGAUUCUGAAGCAAGAAUAGAAGCCAGGAAAUGCUACUGGGGUUUCCACAGUCACUUCAGCCGAGAAGCAGAACACCUGUACCACACUUUGGAGUCCUCCUAUCAGAAGGCCCUACAGUCCCACUUGAAGAACUCGGACAGCAUCGUGUCUCUGCCCCAGUCAGACCGAUCCUCUUCCAGCUCUCAAGAGAGUCUCAACCGGCCUCUUUCAGCCAAAAGAAGUCCCACUGGCAGCACUGCAUCCAGAGGCUCUACAGUUAGUACAAAAUCCAUGUCGACGACAGGAUCUCUCCAGCGAUCUCGGAGUGAUAUUGAUGUGAACGCAGCAGCCAGUGCCAAAUCCAAAGUCUCCUCAUCCUCAGGAUCCACCGCCUUCAGCUCUGCAGCAGCAUUGCCUCCAGGGUCCUACGCAUCCUUAGAGUCCAGACACAUGAGGGAAGACUUGGAGUACGUAGGCCUGGAUGCAGGUCGGAUCCGCACGAGACGGCAGAGCUCGGGGAGCACCACCAAUGUUGCCUCCACACCCUCCGACAGUCGGGGCCGCAGUCGCGCCAAAGUGGUUUCACAGUCUCAGCGAUCCAGAUCUGCUAACCCUGCUGGUGCUGGCAGCCGGUCAAGUUCCCCUGGGAAGCUUUUGGGAAGUGGACUUGCUGGGGGUUCCUCCAGAGGCCCACCGGUAACACCAUCCUCAGAAAAACGAAGCAAGAUCCCCAGGAGUCAGGGAUGUAGCCGAGAAACAAGUCCUAACCGGAUUGGAUUAGCACGGAGCAGCCGUAUCCCCCGACCCAGCAUGAGUCAGGGGUGCAGCCGCGAUACCAGCCGUGAGAGCAGCCGCGAUACAAGCCCUGCUCGGGGCUUCACACCACUCGCCUCUCGACGUCAUUCCAGGUCCACUAGUGCUCUCUCCACUGCUGAAUCUGUUGGGCAGUCAGAUCGGUUUGGGCUGGGCCAGUCAGGACGAAUCCCUGGUUCUGUGAACGCCAUGCGCGUCUUGAGUACCAGCACUGACCUGGAAGCAGCAGUGGCCGACGCUCUGCUGUUAGGAGACGCCAGGAGCAAGAAGAAGCCUGUGAGAAGGAGAUACGAGCCCUAUGGAAUGUACUCUGAUGAUGACGCCAACAGUGAUGCCUCCAGCGUGUGCUCUGAGCGCUCAUAUGGCUCCAGGAAUGGUGGCAUUCCCCAUUAUCUGCGGCAGACUGAAGAUGUAGCAGAGGUUCUCAACCAUUGUGCCAGUUCCAACUGGUCAGAACGGAAAGAGGGGCUCCUAGGCCUGCAGAACUUACUGAAGAGCCAAAGAACACUGAGUCGAGUAGAAUUGAAGAGACUGUGUGAGAUUUUCACCCGAAUGUUUGCCGACCCUCACAGCAAGAUUGCUGAUUCAGAAGCAGAAUGUGAGGAUAAAGAAGGAAAUUUGUUUCCAUCAGAAGGCUCUUGUCCAAGAGUUUUCAGUAUGUUUUUGGAGACCCUCGUGGAUUUUAUAAUCAUUCAUAAGGAUGACUUGCAAGACUGGCUCUUCGUCCUUCUCACACAACUCCUUAAGAAAAUGGGAGCAGACUUACUUGGAUCUGUGCAAGCAAAAGUUCAGAAGGCUCUAGAUGUCACCAGGGAUUCCUUUCCAUUUGAUCAACAAUUUAACAUUUUGAUGAGAUUUAUUGUGGAUCAGACUCAAACUCCAAACCUCAAGGUCAAAGUGGCAAUCCUGAAAUACAUCGAAUCUCUAGCCAGACAGAUGGACCCCACAGAUUUUGUAAAUUCCAGUGAAACAAGACUUGCUGUUUCUAGGAUCAUAACAUGGACUACAGAACCAAAGAGUUCAGACGUGAGAAAGUCCCAGCGUCAGCGUAGUCGAGCAGGGGAGGAUGUCCCUGGUAGGUCAGUUCCCACCUGUUCUGGGCCUGGAGAAGGAAACUUGGAAGAAAGUUGUAAACAGGCAGCACAGAUUGUGCUCAUCUCUCUGUUUGAACUGAACACGCCUGAAUUUACCAUGUUACUUGGUGCCUUGCCAAAAACAUUCCAGGAUGGUGCCACCAAACUCCUGCAUAACCACCUCAAGAACUCCAGUAACACCGGUGUGGGAUCUCCAAGCAAUACAAUUGGCCGGACACCUUCCCGCCACCCCAGCAGCAGGACCAGCCCCCUGACCUCACCCACCAACUGUUCCCAUGGGGGACUAUCUCCAAGUCGGUUGUGGGGUUGGAGUGCCGACGGGCUAUCGAAGCCCCCACCUCCCUUUUCUCAGCCUAACUCCAUUCCCACCGCUCCCUCCCACAAGACUCUCAGGCGCUCUUACUCUCCCAGCAUGCUGGACUAUGAUACAGAGAACCUGAACUCUGAAGAAAUCUAUAGCUCUUUGCGUGGAGUUACAGAAGCCAUUGAAAAGUUCAGCUUCCGAAGCCAGGAGGAUCUAAAUGAGCCAAUCAAACGAGAUGGCAAGAAGGAUUGUGAUAUUGUUUCCCGAGAUGGGGGAGCAGCCUCACCUGCCACCGAGGGCCGGGGAGGUAGUGAGAUAGAAGGAGGCAGGAUGGCUUUGGACAACAAGACCUCCCUGCUCAACACGCAGCCUCCACGUGCCUUUCCGGGGCCAAGAGCACGGGAAUACAACCCGUAUCCCUACUCUGACACCAUCAACACCUAUGACAAGACGGCUCUGAAGGAAGCAGUGUUUGACGAUGACAUGGAGCAGCUCCGAGAUGUGCCCAUUGACCACUCGGACCUGGUGGCUGACUUGCUGAAAGAGCUAUCUAACCACAACGAGCGUGUGGAGGAGCGGAAGGGCGCACUGCUGGAGCUGCUCAAGAUCACCAGGGAGGACAGCCUGGGCGUGUGGGAGGAGCACUUCAAGACCAUCCUGCUGCUGCUGCUGGAAACUCUCGGAGACAAAGACCAUUCCAUUCGAGCUCUGGCACUGAGAGUUUUACGGGAGAUUCUGAGAAACCAGCCAGCAAGAUUCAAAAACUAUGCAGAACUGACGAUCAUGAAGACUCUGGAAGCCCACAAAGACUCCCACAAGGAGGUGGUGAGAGCGGCCGAGGAAGCUGCAUCCACGCUAGCCAGCUCAAUCCACCCAGAGCAGUGCAUCAAAGUGCUGUGUCCAAUCAUCCAGACAGCCGACUACCCCAUCAACCUGGCUGCUAUCAAGAUGCAGACAAAGGUGGUGGAGAGGAUCACCAAGGAGUCCUUGCUGCAGCUCCUCGUCGACAUCAUCCCCGGCCUGCUGCAGGGUUACGACAACACCGAGAGCAGUGUACGGAAAGCCAGUGUGUUUUGCUUAGUGGCAAUCUAUUCCGUAAUCGGAGAAGAUCUGAAACCUCACCUCGCACAGCUCACGGGGAGCAAGAUGAAGCUGCUGAACUUAUAUAUAAAGAGAGCCCAGACAACCAACAGCAACAGCAGCUCUUCCUCUGAUGUGUCCACACACAGCUAGUGGCCGUGCCAGUCUGUGCAGAACAUACAUUGGUGGUGCCUCUGAGAAGCUCCAUCAGCUGCCCAGUCCAUUCAAGGAGGCCGCACAUAAUUUAUUACAAUCAGUAUUUUGGUCCCUUCCAGCUUUUGUGUAGAAUUUUGCUGGUAUUGAAUGUAACGGAAGCAAGGCCUGGGGACUGAGAAAUGAAGAGCCAUACUUGCACGUGUCUGCACCACCUGCUGACAUCACCAAACCAUGGAGGGCACAGCUCUUAGAAUCCAGAGCUCUCUAGCCAGUGCUUGGUACACAGUAGCAUAUUUUUCAGUCCAUACAGACUUGGGGGUGGUUUGGGGUAUUGCUGUGUGUUCUUUAUGCUUAUGUUCUUAGAGUAUGGUCAGAUGGGACAAGACCCCCUCCUGCCUUCUACAUGACACGGAAAAAGGUUGUGUGUUCUUUAGGGUGUAUCUUAGAGUUCUCAAAGUGGAACUGCAGUCUGGGCCAGAAAAGGACAGCAACCUGGAGCUGGCCUCACAGCAAACACGAGGGGUUGGUUCUCGUGCAGAGGGAGCCAACUUCCCUGCCUUGGGAAUAGAAUCAGUAAUGCCACCAAAGUUCUCAUGGUUGCAUUAAAGAAAAGGUGACUGUAAAAUGCCAAGAUUGGAACCAGACUUAUAUUAUGUGUCCUGGGAAGCGCUGGCCAAACCUCUUGAAACAACUAAGGUAGAAUUUGGCUAAAUAGAUUUUAAAUAAAAUUCUUAAGCCAAAUGACAAUUCUUAAUGCAAUCAUGCAAACUUUCCUAGGCUUUCCUAGCCUUGGAUGUGGUGUCCUCCUGCCUCAGCCUCCCAUGUGCUGGGGUUACUGACAGGGGCCACGUGCCCAGCAAAAGCUUGUUUGCGGUGUUAGUUUUCGAAAAGCAUGUGCUCUUCUAGUGCAGAGCCCACUGUAACUACCAGGGCUGAGAGCAGAGGCUGAGCUGGCGAGUUCUCUAGCACUCUGCUUCUCUGACCCUCCAAAUGGUAAGAGUCAGGCAUGGUGGCACAUGCCUUUAAUCCCAGCACUCAACAGACAGAAGCAGGCAGAUCUCUGCAAGUUUGAGGACAGCCAGGGCUACCUAGUGAGACCCUGUCUAGAAAAACAAUCAAAAAGAGAUAGGGAGGUUGGAAAAAACCCAUGAGAAAUAGACACUGAAAAUGAAGGUUCCGUGUGUGUGUGUGUGUGUGUGUGUGUGUGUGUGUGUGUGUGUGUGUGUGUGUGAGACGAGUGGCUCACACAUCUAACUGUCCCACUGCUACUGUUCAGAGAACUCAGGGGUGCAUUUUAAGGGAUUUGCUAUUAUUGACAGACUUGGGCUCAGAACAUAGCAGGACCAGACCUUACUUUCUGUCUGUUAAGAGUUCAUCAAUGAGAAUCCUUCUCACCCUCCACUAGGCUCCCUCUGUGUUGUAGCCUUGUAGAUGUGCAACCUGGCCAGGUUACUUAGGGGAACUCCCAAGCCUAAUACAGUUAGAAAGGCCCUGCCCUGGCAUUCUUUGCCCCACUGUAACCGAACAGUUGCAGAACAUUACCUGAUAGCCUCACAGUACACACAAAGGGCUAGCCCCGAAUGUCCCAUGAAUGUCAAUCUGAGUAGAGAGAAUACAAUCAUUUCUGUCUCUUGGGCUCCACCUCAAGACUGCUGCCCGAAACGCUGAGGAGACUCGCAUGCCACCACCACCUCAUGGAGGGCGACAGAGCCCACUGCCGCUCUCUGAACCCUGACAGCUACAGCUGCCUUGCCUUGCCUCCACCUCCCCAAAGGACUCUAUUCAAAGCACCUAGACCCUGAAGGACUCUUCACAGCACCCAGAACUGUGUUUGCCUCCCCAUCUAUCUGACUAUCCAGGGCCUUGAAACCCCCUACCCUGGGGGACCGCUCAUCUGACUUCCUGCUUCCUGGCAAGCUGCCCCUCCCUCUGCUGGAUCGGCGCUCUCCAGGUGCAUCCCCGUGCUGUGCGGACCUGGUGCCCACAGAUGGCCUGGGUUCGCCUUACCUAUGGCUCACUACUAGCUUUCAACACAUGUGCAGGUAAUGCAACAGGUUUGUCUCCUACGUCUUCUAUUCUAUUCCUUUCUCUGCCACCCUUAUGGAAUCUCACACUUUAAGACAGCAAACUAGAACUUUAUAGACAGGACACUGCUAACAACGUUCGGAAGAGAGAAAUGCUCUGAAACAAUCGGCCACCAAGAUAGUUCACACGCAUGGUCCCUGCGCCCCCAGAUUGGGUGUUGUUUGUUUUGGGUUUUUUUGAGGCUUUUUCAUGUUACAUCCAUAUCUGUAUUUAUAUCUUAUUUGUUUCACUUCCCAAGUGUAUCAUGGCAAAUGUACAGAUUUUUUUUUGUUGUUGUUAAUAAUGUGCUAGGAUUUGCUAAAAAANAAAAUU